GUUGGCUCCAUUCCAUUACGAUCUGUAGUUGCCGUCGUCGGUGGGAGGGCGAGAUGGGUUCGAUGGACCGAUCGAAGAGGAGGAAUCGCCUGUGGAAGAAGGCGCUCCUGCACUUCGCGCUGUGCUUCGUGGUGGGCUUCUUCACCGGUUUCGCGCCGCCCAGCACCGCUACCUUCUUCUCCGGCGGCCCUGCCGAGCGCCGGCCCGUCAGGAGCAUCGGCAUCCUCCCCGCCGCCCCCGGUGAUGUCGUGGAGCGGGUCGUUGAGCCUGGGGUGGCCGUCAACAGGUCCAUGGUCGAGAUCCCGAGAUCUGUCCCCGCCGCUACCGGCGGGAACGGCGACGUCGGGGACGAUCCGCCGCCGGACAUGGAGGGGGCGGGGGCGCCCGGGCCACAGGCGCCGUCGCGGCGGCUGCUGAUCAUUGUUACCACCACCCGGUCUAACGACCGGUUCCAAGGCGCGUUCCUGCGGCGAUUGGCGCACACCUUGCGCCUCGUCCCGCCACCGCUCCUGUGGAUCGUCGUCCAGGCCCAUGCGGAAGCCCCCGCCACCGCCGCGAUGCUGAGGACCACCGGCGUCAUGUACCGGCACCUGACCUUUAGGGAGAAUAUCACGGAUCCGGCAGCGGAGGCUCAUCACCAGAGGAACGUCGCCCUCAGCCACGUCGAGUACCACCGGCUCACCGGGAUCGUGCACUUCGCCGGUGCAUCCAACGUCUACGAUCUCCGAUUCUUCGACGAGAUUAGAGAGAUCGAGGUUUUUGGGACAUGGCCAGUAGCAGUGGUGUCAGAGAACAGGAAGAGAGUGGUGGUGGAUGGUCCUAUUUGUCAUUCAUCAAAGGUUGAAGGGUGGAUCUUGAAGGACUUGAGCAAUGACAGAAGGUUGUUGGUGACUAGCUCUGAUGUGAGCUCUAGACCUCCAAAUAUAAAUAUUUCUGGGUUUGCAUUCAAUAGCUCGAUAUUGUGGGAUCCUGAGAGAUGGGGUCGCCCUACCUCAUUGCCUGACACAUCACAGGAUUCAAUCAGGUUUGUGUAUGAAAUUAUCCUAGAAGAUGAGACUAAGCUGAAGGGUAUUCCCGCUGACUGCUCCAAGAUCAUGGUGUGGCACCUCUACAUGCCUAGAGUGAUUCCUCUGCCCUUUCACUAUCAGAACCCAAGAUGAAAGGUAGACCAGGAGAAGCAAGGAUCCCAAGAGGGAUUGUGUAAAUGAGAGGAAAAACGAAUAUCUAUAUAUAUAUUCUUGGUUUUGAUUUUUUA